AUGACGGCUGCUGUGGAAGAUAAAAGCCAAACAGAAUGGGAAAAACGACUAGAAAACAAUAGGAUAAAAUAUGGGAAACGUACGGAAGAAAUACGACCUCCAGAAAACGAAUUAAAAUACGUACUAUGGAAGAUAUUAAACCGGUUAAGGAUAAAGUCAGCCGGAACUAGAAGGAUGAUAUUCAUUAAUCUUCAACAUUUUAGGGGUUUCGUGUACCUUAACGAAGUCCUCUUCAGACCACCUAAUGAAUAUGUCGUAAAACUAAGUAUUGGCUGA